UGCUCUGGGCCACUGGGAAAAUGCCAGAAUGGAUAUUGAACCUAAUAUGGGCAAUGCCAAAGAAGCAGCUUAUAGAGAUCCACUUUUCAAGAAACUUGAGCAGCUCAAAGAAGUCCAACAGAAGAAGCAGGAGGAACUGAAGAGGCAGCAAUUAGAACAGAUCCAGAGGCUCCUGGAAGAGCAAGAGAAACUACUGACUAUGGUGUCUGGGCAGCAGACACCCUCAGGCUUGACUUUACUAUCUGAAGAUCAGAGCCCCAAAUAUGAAACUUCCAUUAAUUCUGCUACUGUACACAAAACAAUGCCUUUCUUGUCACAUAUGUACCAGAAUCAAACCAGAGAAAACACUCAUGGUCCUGAAAUUUUAUCUUGUGGUUCUGUACAAGAAAGAGAAAUGAAUCCAUGCGUGACUAUGAGUAAGGAAUGCCUCUUAUCUUCAAAAGGUGGUAGUACUUCUCCAGACUUUUUUCAUGAGGCACAAUGUUUAGAAGCAUGUGUAAAAACACAGAAUGAUUUGAAAGAAGAAAAUAAAAAUAUUACAGGGGAAAGUAUACUACCAUGUUGGGAGAAAAUGACAGAACAGUUACCAGAAGGGAAAGAGGUUACAAACUCAAAAAAACCUGGUGAUUCCUCUGAUAUUAACAAUGGAAGAAAAUUGUUAGCACUGUCUAGUAUUGAAGAAAGGCCAAUUAAAACUGCUAUUAGAGAAAGGAAACAGACAUAUGAAGAAUUCUUAGAGGAACAGAUUCAGGUAGAAGAACAGGAACUCAAACAAAGGCAGCUACAGGAAGCAGAAAUAUCAUUGCUAACUAAAGCAAUACCAAAACGACCAUUCUUAAAACGAGGAGAAGGCCUAGCUAGGUUUACUAAUGCUAAAUCUAAAUUUUGGAAAUCAAAGGAGAGUAAAUUAAUGAUUCAUCAAAGCAUGCCAGAAGAACAAUCUGUAUUUAAAGCAGACAGACAACAAAUGCAGCGGAAAACUGCCCUUGUAAAUAAGGAACUAGUUACAGAGAUGAAAAAGAGUAAUCAAGUCAGAACCAAGACCAGUUCUACUGUAAUUUCUCAGAAGUCAAAAGUACUUAGGAGUAAUAAUGGAAAAAUUAUUUCUCCAUCAAAAAUGAAAAUGCAAAUUGGGAAGAAAUUUGAUGGUCAGUUUAGAGAUCAGAUAAAAUUAGAAAAAAACAGUAAGUCAGACCGUAAUAAGGAAAAUAUACCAGAGUGUACAAAACCCUUUGAAAUUGGUUGCAAAGUCAGAAAUAAGCCACAAUGCUUGGAAAAGCCUCUUAUUUCUACGGAACUGACCCACCCCACCUCUGUUUCUCAAAGCUCUAUGGGUCAUAUUGUAAAAGAUCCAGAAUUUUCUUUUGAAAUUUCAUUUCAGAAGAAAUUAGACAAUUGGGAAAAGGAAAAAGAAAAGGAAAACUUGGAGUUAGAUGAAUUUUUGUUCUUGGAACAGGCUGCUGAUGAAAUAUCAUUCUCUAGUAAUUCCUCAUUUGUAUUAAAAAUAUUAGAAAGAGACCAGCAGACUAGCAAAGAUCACAGAAUGUCUUCUACCCCUGUCAAAUCAGGGCAGCAAGUGAAAACAAACAUAACAGAUAUUGUUACUUCACAUAACCAAAAUAAAAAAUUGGACUAUAUUAAACAAGAUGAUAAGAAUAUAUGUGAAAUAACAAAACAUCUUGAAUCAAAAGCAUUACCUCUUAGUUUGAAGGAACAGACCAGCAAACUUGGCAUAAAAGCAUUUCAAACUACUACUUCUGAGAAUCAAAUUAAAUGGAAUGUAAGUGAGGAUGAAGAUGAUGGGAACAGUGCUAUCAGCAGUGACUUUGAAGAGCAGCUGGAUAGCACCAUAAAAGCAACAAAUAAAGAUACUAAGAAGUUUUUCAGCAAUAGUAGAGAAGAUAAUCCAGAGAAGGAUAAUGGUAAAGGACCAUUCAGAGACACCAGGAAGGAGGGUAAAAGCAGGGAUAUUGAUCUGGAUUUGUCAGAUAAAGAUGACAGUAGUGAUGAAUCCAUCGUGGUAGAAAGCAUGAAUGAUGAAGUUCCUGAGGCUUCAAGAAGGGCAUCAUGUACAAAUACUAAUAAAAUUGACUUUGAUGAUGAGAGAACAUGGACUGACCUUGAAGAAAAUGAAAGUAAACAUGACAUACUGGGGAACGAAGAUGUUAAUGGGCUUCCAUUGAUGGACUAUUGUAGUAAAACUGAAAUAGCUAAUUUGGACAAAGCAAUAAAAAGGAAGGUUGCACCCAUAAAGAAAGGAGAUGAUUUAUGUAAAUCCACUAAGAGUGUAAGUCCUCCUCCUACUUCUGAUCUGAUGAUGAAACUCUUUCCUUCCCUGAAGCCUAAACCUAAGUCAGACUCGCACUUAGCAUCUGAAUCCGAAUUAAAUAAAAGCCAGGAACAACCACUUGGUGAUAGUGUUCGCUCCCAGAUUUUAAGAGACAAAGUUGUUGAGUUGGAAACAGAAAUUGAAAAAUUUAAAGCUGAAAAUGCAUCAUUAGCUAAGCUCCGCAAUGAAAGAGAAAGUGCCUUAGAAAAUCUCAGAAAGGAGAUUGCAGACUUUGAGCAGCAGAAAGCAAAAGAAUUGGCUCGAAUUGAAGAGUUUAAAAAGGAGGAGAUGCGAAAGCUACAAAAAGAACGCAGAGUUUUUGAAAAGUACGCUGCAACUGCAAGAGCAAUUCCAGAUAGAAAGGAGCGUGAAGAAAUUCAGGCUUUAAAACAACAAGUAGCAGAUUUACAAGAAGAGUUGAAGCGAAAGGAGACAAAGUGGUCAGAUACACAUGGUCGCCUUAAAAGCCAGAUAGAAACAUUAGCUAAAGAGAACACUGACCUUCGGGAAGAGAUAAAAAUAAUGGAACGGUUUCGACUUGAAGCCUGGAAAAAAGCAGAAGCUAUUGAAAACAACUUAAAGAAUGAACGUCCCUUGAUUUCUGUGAAAAAAGAAGAGUCUCCAAAUCCAUUGUUAGGCUUUCAGAAGAGUCAGAACUUAUCUUCAAGUCAGAUGGAAAAAUACAAGAAAAAUCAUUCACCAGGACGAGGAAAUCUGCCUCGGAGACCAAAGUCAGCACCGGUUCAUGAUCUAAGUAAUUCAGAUAAAAGACAGCUCAUACCCAAUGAAAUAUUUGAACCUCUCAUAUGCCCUGUUCCUGAUUCUAAAGUAGAAGAAGAAAUUCAUGGAGAAAUUACUCAUCCUGAUGGAAAGGUUGAAAAGGUUUUAAAAAGUGGGUGCCAUGUUAUCUUGUUUCCAAAUGGAACUCGGAAAGAAAUUUACUACUAUGCAGCUACUCAGACUACUCAUACCACUUAUCCAGAGGGACUGGAGGUUUUACAUUUCUCAAGUGGACAAAUAGAAAAGCAUUUUCCAGAUGGAAGAAAAGAAAUUACAUUUCCCGACCAGUCCAUUAAAAAUCUAUUUGAAGAUGGAAGAGAAGAGAGCAUUUUCCCAGAUGGUACUAUUGUUCGAGUACAACAAGAUGGCAACAAAAUCAUAGAAUUUAACAAUGGCCAAAGAGAACUUCACACUCCCCAGUUCAAGAGGCGAGAAUAUCCAGAUGGCACUGUUAAGACUGUAUAUUCUAAUGGCCACCAAGAAACAAAGUAUAUAUCUGGUCGAGUAAGAAUUAAAGAUAAGGAUGGUAAUGUUCUGAUGGACACCAAGUUGUAGCAAACUGUUUCUUAAUCAUGAAGUGAUAUAUGGUGCUUUGCCAACGAAUUUCCAUUUUUUCUUUUAAAAAUGUGUAUUUCUGUAAAUUCUGCAGCAGCUUGUUAAUCUGUACAUAGUGUAUAAAAUGAAAAGUUGUGAUGUUUUCAGUUAUCUAAAAUAAAGUUUGAAUUUGAUAGCUUGUCCUACCUGUGCUUUGAUAUUUUAAUACAAAAUGAUGAAAUGGAAGACAAAAAACACAACCAUGAAAAUUAAACCAGCUAGCAGAAGAUAAAAUUCAUAUAACUGACUUUUUUCCUAAAUGAAAAUUCUUGGGCUAGAUUUUUAAAUUGAAAUAAGUAUUGGCAAUACACUAACUUAAACACAAUGGCAACAGAACAAAUGAAGUAAUUAUGUGGAAAUCAGUCUCUUGGUAACUGCAAGCAUGUGGAAUAGGGCUGAGGCUAGCAAGUUUUUAUUUUAAAAAGUAUAGAACAAUGAAAAUGAUCAAGAGAUAAAAAUUAGGCUAUUUAUAA